AUGAAAUGUUUUGUCAUUUAUUAUGAAUUGAAUCCCAAAACAAAUGCAAUGUUUUUGACGUCCUUUAUGUUUGAAUUGUUUGAAUCAAUCAAAACGUGUUUCAAAUGUUAUGUCAUUUGUUUGUCUUUUUUGUGGUCAACUCUUGCGGUAAAAACUCAUUGUCGGACACUAUUAAAGAUGUCAUUCAUAGACUUGGGAUUCAUUCAACCGAUUGGCCGAAGAUAUAAAUUGAAGAAUAAGUACUUCCCGUCAAAAGUCGGUGGAAAACCAGUCUUUUUAGAGCUCAAGUCAAUACCGACUUCAGUAGACAUGAAGUGUCCUAAUUGUCAGCAGAUGUUGCGGUUUUUGCUGCAAAUCUAUGCUCCGAUUGAGUCUAAAGACAGCGCUUUUCACAGAACUUUGUUUGUCUUUUGCUGUUUUAACAACAAUUGCAAUCACUUUAAAGUUUUGAGAUCACAAUUGCCACGAAUUAAUACAUAUUAUUCAUUUGAUCCGCCAAACUAUGACUCGGAUGAUACCAAUUAUGAUCCAAAUCCACAACAGUUUGGACACGAAUUAUGUGUUGUCUGUGGUUUUGAGGCCAAAAGCAAGUGCGCGAAGUGUCGUAAAGUGAACUACUGUUCAAAAGAUCACCAAAUAAUUGAUUGGAAAGAAGGCAAACAUAAAGAGUUGUGUGGAAUCACUGACACAACAUCUUUGCCAUUAAAUCAUAAAUCAAUACUUUUUCAAGAAUUUGAACUCAUUAUUGGAGAUAAUGAAGAUUCUGAUGACAGUGAAGACAAUAAAGACAAUGACAACGAAUCGGAUUCUGAAGAGAGAGAAAUGCAAAAAUACAAAGAGUUUAUGGAUAAGAAUGAGUGUAAAUAUCAGACACAAAACUUAGACAAAUAUGAAGAAGUGGAGAAUGAAGAGCAAAGUGUGUUCAAUAAAUUUAAAAAAUUAUCAAAUGAUGAAGUGAUCCGGUAUUGCAGUUAUGAUAGUGAUAGCAAUGAACUGAUGGAACCGCUAUGGAUAUCAACAAAAAACAAACCAACACUUCCGAUACCGAAGUGUCAGUACUGUAAUAGUGAGCGAAGAUUUGAGUUUCAAGUUAUGCCUUAUUUGCUGAACAAAAUUAUCACAACAACUGAUGAUUCACUCGAUUGGGGAACACUUGUGGUCUAUACCUGUUCACAGAGCUGUUCAUCAUAUGAUAGUAUCGAUGGUAAUACUUAUAGAGAUGAAUAUAUUUGGAAACAAGAUAUCUGUUGACAUUAAAUAUUUGUUUUGUUUAAUAUUAUAUAUACUAUAUU